AUGAAAACGAAGUGAAGGGUCGCUCAGAAACACACAAACACACACAUACACUCUCACUCACACACAUACACUCUCACUCACACACAGCCUCCACAAUUUAGCGAUGCUGCACGUGGAGUCUUUCUGUUCCACAGUCAGUGAGCCGCUGUAGCGGUUUCUGUUCCUCCGCUAACUUACACGCUAUCGUUUGGUCUCGCAGCAGCAGACCCACACACACACGCGCGCGCACACACACGCACGCGCGCGCGCUGUGGACUCGGCCGGGCGGAGUUUUCUGUGGGACUUUCAGCUCGUCCUGCAUCGGGAUCCGGUACCAAACUGCGUCGAGGCGGCUGGACUUUGCGCUAAAAGCGAUGAACCCCGGAAUGGAGCCCCGCAGCCUGCGCUUCUGAGGGACAAAACCAUUUUUCCCGGACAAAUCAGGAGAGCGGAGCAGCUGACCAAAGCUCCGGCGAAUAUUUGGUCACUUCCAGAAACUUUUUUCCCCCCACAGAGCAUCAUGAGAGCCGCUCUACGUUUCUCCAACCGCUCCGGAACUUAAAGCAGAUCAGUUAGCAGAAAAUCGAAGACAAGAAAAGUACCGUUUGGUGUGGAUAGUGAGAUUAUGCCACAUUUCCAGCAGGACUGCACGCGUUUCGAGGAGUUCUAAAACCACCUCCAGGAAAGUGGAAAUGAUGCCACACUCAAUGGGAAUGUUAUUUUUCCUUUUACUCGGAUUACUCCACACAAGUGCAGGAUCACGUCUUCGUCAGGAGGACUACCCCCCUCGGAUUGUGGAGCACCCCUCAGACCUGAUCGUGUCAAAAGGCGAGCCUGCCACCUUGAACUGUAAGGCGGAGGGGCGGCCGUCCCCCACUGUGGAGUGGUAUAAGGACGGUGAGCGUGUGGAGACGGACAGGGACAAUCCUCGCUCACACCGAAUGCUCCUGCCCAGUGGCUCACUCUUCUUCCUGCGAAUCGUACACGGUCGCCGCAGCAAGCCGGAUGAUGGCAGCUACGUGUGUGUGGCCAGGAACUACCUGGGAGAAGCGGUCAGCCACAAUGCCUCACUGGAAGUAGCCAUCCUGCGUGAUGAUUUCAGACAGAACCCUGCAGAUGUGAUGGUGGCAGAAGGCGAACCAGCCGUGCUGGAGUGCCAGCCCCCUCGUGGCCAUCCAGAGCCCACCAUUUCUUGGAGGAAAGAUGGAGCCAACAUCAAUGACAGAGACGAGCGCAUUACGAUCCGCAGUGGAAAGCUGAUGAUCACUAACGCGCGGAAGAGUGAUGCUGGGAAGUACGUUUGUGUGGGAACCAACAUGGUGGGAGAGCGUGAGAGUGAGAUAGCUGAGCUGACUGUGCUAGAGCGACCGAGCUUCACGCGGAGGCCGAGCAGUGUGGUGGUCCUGGCCGACGAGAGUGUGGAGUUUCGGUGUGAGGCGCGAGGAGACCCCUUUCCCACCAUCCGUUGGAGGAAGGAGGACGGAGAGCUGCCCAAGGGGAGGUAUGAGAUACUGGAGGACCACACGUUGAGUUUGCGGCGCGUGACCCCCACCGACGUGGGCUCCUACAGCUGCCUGGCCGAGAACAUGGUGGGGAAAGCCGAGGCUUCAGCAACGCUGACCGUGCAUGUCAUGUCUGUGCCCCCAGCGUUUGCAGUGCGCCCGCGGAACCAGGUGGUGGGCGUGGGGCGAACAGUUACUUUCCAGUGUGAAGCCACGGGGAACCCCCAGCCUGCCAUUUUUUGGCAGCGCGAAGGCAGCCAGAACCUGCUGUUCUCCUACCAGCCCCCUCAGCCCUCCAGUCGUUUCUCUGUCUCUCAGACAGGUGAUCUGACCAUCAUGGAUGUGCAGCGCUCAGACGGAGGCCUCUACAGCUGCCAGGCACUCAAUAUCGCUGGCAGUGUCAUCACCAAGGCCCUGCUGGAGGUCACAGAUGUGGUUUCGGAUCGGCCUCCUCCGGUCAUUCGGCAGGGUCCAGAGAACCAAACGGUAGCGGUGGAUGGGACAGUGCUGCUGAAUUGCAUAGCAACAGGAACACCCAUGCCAACACUGCUCUGGAGGAAGGAUGGGAUGCUUGUGUCCACUCACGAUUCACGCAUCUCUCAGCUGGACAGUGGAGCUCUGCAGAUCCGCUACGCCAAGCUCGGGGAUACAGGAGUGUAUACGUGUGUGGCCACCAGCCCCAGCGGUGAGGCAUCGUGGAAGGCCUACCUGGCUGUGGAAGAGUUUGGAGUGGUGGUGCAGCCUGGCAGACCCACAGACCCCAACCUGAUCCCCAGCGCCCCCUCCAAGCCUGAGGUCACUGAUGUUACACGCACCUCUGUCACACUCUCCUGGAAGGCUAACCUUAACGGAGCCACACCGACUUCUUACAUCAUCGAAGCCUUUAGCCAUGCGUCUGGGAGUAGCUGGGUGACCCUUGCUGACCAUGUGAAGACCGAGUCCUUUGUACUGAAGGGUCUGAAGCCCAGUGCAGUGUAUCUCUUCCUGGUGAGGGCAGCCAACGCCUAUGGCCUGAGUGACCCCAGCCCCAUCACGGAUGCCAUCCGGACACAAGACACUCCUCCUACUAUGCAGGGUGUGGACCACCGUCAGAUCCAGAAGGAACUAGGGGACGUGGUUGUUCACCUGCACAAUCCCACUAUCCUCUCAUCUUCUUCAGUCAGGGUGCAGUGGACGGUGGAGCAGCAGUCUCAGUACAUUCAGGGCUAUAAGGUCAUGUACCGUCCCUCUUCUGAGUCAGGUGAGCCCCGAGGUCAGUGGGGUGUGUUUGAGGUGCGGACCCCCGGUGAGGAUGGGGUGGUGGUGCCUCAGCUCAAGAAGGGCAUCACCUACGAGUUCAAAGUGCGUCCAUUCUUUGAUGAGUUUCAAGGCGCGGACAGCGAGGUGAAGGUGGUCAGGACGUUUGAGGAGGCUCCUAGUGGGGCCCCACGUGGGGUUACUGUGACUAAGAGUGACACCAAUGGGACAGCCAUCCUGGUCGCCUGGCAACCGCCUCCAGUGGAGGAGCAGAAUGGAGUGGUGCAAGAGUACAAGAUUUGGUGCCUUGGCAACGAGAGCCGUUACCACAUCAACCGGACUGUGGAUGGCUCCACCUUCUCCGUCGUCAUCCCCAGCCUGUCCCCUGGCAUUCGCUAUAGUGUGGAGGUCGCCGCUAGCAACGGGGCUGGCCCUGGGGUCAAGAGUGAUGUCACCUUUUUUCAGCUAGACUCGUCUGGCCAGGUUUUGGAGAGUAUGGAUGACCGGGACACCUUUUCUCACAUCUCUGAUGUGGUGAAACAGCCUGCGUUCAUCGCUGGGAUCGGCGCCACCUGCUGGGUGGUGCUCAUGGUUUUCAGUGUGUGGCUCUACCGCCAUCGUAAGAAGAGAAGCGGCCUCAGCAGCAGCUACGCUGGCAUUCGUAAGGUACCAUCCUUCACUUUCACCACAACAGUGGCCUAUCAGCGAGGAGGAGAAGCUGUAUGCAGUGCUGGAAGGCCUGGCCUGUUGAACAUGGGAGAGACAGCCAAUCAGCCAUGGUUAGCAGACUCAUGGCCAAACGCCUGUGCCAAUCACAAAGACUGCAGCAUCAACUGCUGCAACGGGGGCAACGGCACAAGCGACAGCAAUCUGACCACCUACAGCCGUCCAGCUGACUGCAUUGCUAACUACAACAGUCAGCUGGAUAAUAAGCAGGGGGUUCUGAUGGGCUCGGACUCUGCUGUCUACAGCGAUGUGGACCUGUCCAACAAACUCAAUGAGAUGAAGACUUUUAACAGCUCCAGUAUCUGCUACAUGGGACCUGGAGGCAGUCCUCCUACACCAUACGAGCCCACACCUUACGCCACAACCCAGCUCAUCCAGUCAAACAUCAUGAGCAAGAACAGUGGGGCGGGGCCAGGGGCAGGGCCUGGCGACUUCAAUGACAAGCGUUGGAAACACCAGCAACCAAAGCCCCCGGAAAUGACAUCACAGCUCCAGUUUAACAUUAUGGAACAAAACAGACUGAACAAGGAUCAUUACAGAGGGGGUGAGGUCAGCCUGCCUCCAACCAUCCCCUAUAACCAGGCAAAUGAGCACAGCUCGGCAGGGUCCUACCACAGCUCCGACAGAGGCAGCAACAGCACCUCGGGGAGUCAAAAUUAUAAAAAAGCUACUCGCACACCUAAACUAGCCAAACAAAAUGCAGUGAACUGGGCUGAGCCAUUGCCCCCUCCCCCUCUGAAUCCCCCACCCAGCCGCAGCACUGAGGACUACCUACAGCCCAUGGACAAGAGUUUUGAUCCAGACCCCCAGUGCCCCAUGCUUCAGAGCCGCAUGUAUCUGCACCAGGGGGAGAUGGAGGAGGAGGAAGAGCAGGAGAGUAUGGACCGAUGCCCCACACCGCCUGUCAGAGGGGCAGCCUCUUCCCCUGCUGGAAUGUCCUACAGUCAUCAAUCUACAGCCACGCUCACCCCCUCCCCUCAAGGGGAUUUACACCCAGGCCUAAACAACAACAAUGAAGAACGCAGACGACACACAGUGAGCCCCCCUCCUCCACCCCGGCCCCUCUCACCUACUCACACCUACGGCUACAUCUCUGGCCCAUUAGCGCUGGACAGUGGGACGCUGGAGUUAGAAGGUGAGGAAGAAGGUGAUCAGACGGAUGGAGAGUCGGGCCUUAGGCAAUAUCAGCAGCAUCCGGGCUCACAGUACCACUCUCAGCAGCAGAACCAGCAGCAGCAGGUUCCUCUCCCCCGCCGUCUGCAGCUGCACAGAGGCCUGGAGCAGACCCCCGCCUCCAGCACUGGUGACCUGGAGAGCUCCGUCACAGGCUCCAUGAUCAAUGGCUGGGGCUCUGCCUCCGAGGAGGACAACGCAUCAUCCGGCCGCUCCAGCGCCAUCAGCUCCUCUGACGGCUCCUUCUUCACCGAUGCUGAUUUUGCCCAAGCUGUCGCCACGGCGGCUGAGUAUGCUGGCCUGAGAGUGGCCCAUUAUCCAGGGCCUGUGGACAUUGGAGGAGGGGGUCAGAAAUACCACAUUGGCCACCGCCCGAGUAGCCCAGUGUCCACAGACAGCAACAUGAGCACUGCAGUGAUGCAGAGGAAGCCACACAAAAGGCACAAGCAGCAUGCAGCUAGUCACCAGAUCCACCACCAGCAGCAGCAGCAACAACCACCACCACCCGAGGAAUACACAGACGACCCAUCCGUACCCUUGAGCCCCUCCUCAGCCGGCCUGAAGUCUCCCAGCCACGGCUCCAGGUGUACCUAUGAAGAGAGGGGCGCCACACUGCCCAGAAUGGGCUGUGGAGAAGCCAGAGACAGAAGAGGAAGCGCAGGAGGCUACCGGACGAGAGAGGGAUCAGCUGAUCGACGAGGAGACCAUGACAGACAUCGGAAUCCACAUGGAGGCAAAGGCAGCAGCAAAGCACGUCAACAAGCAGCUGCAGAGGAUAUUCCUCCUUACAACCGGCCCUCCUUCCCCUCAGCACAAAGCCAGAAGGAGGCUCCCAGCUCCUCCAGCUCUGCCUCGUCCCGGGGCUCUGGGGGCAGGAGGCGGGGAGAUGUGGGCCCAGGGGGACGCAGAAACCCCAGCGAAGCAGGACUCCCCAGCUUGGGGGCCUUUUCUCCCCAGGAAGAAGAGUUAGAGCUGCUGGAGAGCUGAGGGUCCAGUCAGGAUGAGAGAAAGGAUCCUGAUGGCCGAGUGGAACCCAUCUUACUGUGGACCAUACACGAUUCAGACCAUCUACAGUCAUUCACAAUUAUGUACAUGAUCUGAUCUGUCUUUACAGGAAAAAAGGACUGACCAAUGUGUAAUGUUUUCUUUUUUUAUCUGUUUCAAUAUUUAAUCUUUCCAGAGUGAGGAACAAAGAGGAACAAUUGGAUGCUUUUGAGGGUUUUUUUGAGUAGGUGAUUCUUUCUGCUUUAAAGCGCCAUUGCCUGGUGUGAGUUUGUUGAGCAGGUGUGUUCUCACAGCAGGGGUCCUGAGCGUUAUGGGAGUGUAACAGAAACUGUGCGUGGGAGCAUCAGUGGACCAUCAGUACAAACAGAAGUUUUCUUCACUCUUCUACUGUGAUCCAGUACUUCAGUAUGGUCAAUAUGGUCUUCCCUCUCACGGCUCUCCAGACUUCUUUUCUGCGUCGGGUUACGAGGGUCACUAUUGUAAAUUUACCAAAUCAUUGAGUCGAUGAAAGAAGUGCUGCCGUGGGAUUUGUUUUUAUAAUGCACUGUUGUCAUUUUGUUCUUGAUGUUAUUGUUAUUGUAUACUUUUUUAUUUUAAACUUUGGUUUCAAAAGCACAAUCACUAAACUUUUUAUUUUAAACCAUUCUUAUGUAUGGAGCGUUCUACAUUUAUAUGGUGAAGAUGACUUCUUGUUAAUCGUGUGUAUGAGGCCGGAUGAGAGGAAAGGCUUAUUUGUUUCGUUUUUAUUUCUGCAAAUGAACAAGAUGGAAAUGGGACAACUCUCUCUCUCU